AUGUCCAAGGAUGGUUACUGCAGCAUUAAAUGUAAUAGUCAAGAAGGGCUGUCUAUCUACCUGGAAGCCCAGGAAAUCGUGGGAGCCAUGAUCCAGAUCAUCACUUACCAGGACUAUCUGCCCCUGGUGCUAGGGCCAGAAGCCAUGAAGAAGUACCUGCCCAAGUAUCGCUCCUACAAUGACUCUGUGGACCCUCGUAUUGCCAAUGUCUUCACCAACGCCUUCCGUUAUGGCCACACCCUCAUCCAACCCUUCGUGUUCCGCCUGGAUAAUCGGUACAGGCCCAUGGGGCCCAACCCCCGUGUUCCACUCAGCCAGGUCUUUUUUGCCUUGUGGAGGGUCGUGCUGGAAGGAGGCAUUGACCCCAUCCUCCGGGGCCUCAUGGCCACUCCUGCCAAGCUGAAUCGCCAAAACCAGAUUGUGGUGGAUGAGAUCCGGGAGCAGAUGUUUGUUCAGAUCAUGAGGAUCGGGCUGGACCUGCCCGCUCUAAACAUGUAGCGCAGCCGGGACCAUGGUCUCCCAGGGUACAAUGCCUGGAGACGCUUCUGUGGGCUGCCGCAGCCCCAAACAGUGGGCGAGCUGGGCACAGUGCUGAAGAACAUGAAACUGGCAAAGAAGCUGAUGGGGCAGUAUGGCACACCCAACAACAUUGAUAUCUGGAUCGGUGGCGUGGCCGAGCCCCUGAAUCGCAAUGGCCGUGUGGGGCUGCUCCUCGCCUGCCUCAUUGGGACCCAGUUCAGGCACCUCCGUGAUGGCGAUCGUUUUUGGUGGCAGAACAAGGGUGUAUUUAGCAAGAAACAGAAGCAGGCUCUGUCCAAGAUCUGCUUGCCUCGCAUCAUCUGCGACAAUACAGGCAUCACCACCGUGUCCAAGAACAACAUCUUCAAGUCCAACACAUUCCCUCGGGACUUCGUCAACUGCACUAAACUUCCUGCGUUGGACCUGUCUUCCUGGAGAAGCACAGACUAG